AAAAUGUCCAGACGUUUAAGUGGUAUCCGACUUUAAGCUUUCAUCGUAUCUUGGAGACUGGUACGAGAUAUUCAAGUUUAAAGCUGAUUUUGAAAAUGGUCAAAGAUGUAUCCAUGCUAAUUACCAAAAAGAAGGCAAAUGGUCAUAUACAAGUAUAUAAUAGAGGGCAAACAGGAGAUGGAAAAAUAACAACUGCGAUUUGUGACGGAUACAACCCAGACCCAAAAGAACCAGCAAAGCUUGCCAUUAAGUUUUCUCCAGUUGCUCCAUAUGGUAAAUACUGGGUACUGGAUACCGACUACACAUCAUACUCCUUGGUUUAAUCCUGCACCGAUUUAUUUUCACUAACGCAUGUCGAGUUCGCCUGGGUACUUUCUAGACAAAGAACGCUUGAUGCAGCAACAUCAUCUAGACUUUUUAAUGUUAUGAAAUCUUAGAAUAUUGAAACUAGCAACUUCAUGCCUGAAAACCAAACAGAUUGUAAAAACUAAUUAACAAUAAUCCAUCAUAUUUUUAAAUUGUCAGGUUAUAGUACAAUUAUUCAUUUUUGUCCAUGAUUGGUUGAGAGUUGCUAUCAAGGUUUAUAGAAAAACAUAUUUUGUUAAUGAUAUUUUACACAUCUAAA